AUGGCUGGGUUCUCGCUUUUGCUGAUUUUCCUCAUCAUCACUUGCUUCCUAACUGCAACUUUUGUUUCCUCCUCACAACUUCAUGACCCUGAACUAGUAGCACAGGAAGUCCAUAGGAGCAUCAAUGCUUCUAGGAGGAACUUGGGCUACUUGUCAUGUGGAACUGGCAACCCCAUAGACGAUUGCUGGAGGACGCCAUCGGAGGAAAAAAACGGUCGAAUCUACCUAGUCAGCGACUCUGGGGACGACGACCCAGUGAACCCCAGACCCGGAACCCUAAGACACGCAGUGAUCCAAGACGAGCCAUUGUGGAUUAUAUUCAAAAGGGACAUGGUGGUUCAGCUGAAGCAAGAGCUUGUCAUGAACUCGUUCAAGACCAUCGACGGUAGAGGAGCGAGCGUCCACAUAGCCGGAGGGCCAUGCAUCACCAUUCAUUAUGCCACCAACAUCAUCAUCCAUGGCAUCCACAUCCACGACUGUAAGCAGGCGGGGAACGGGAACAUAAGAGACUCGCCGGAGCAUUCAGGUUGGUGGACGAUAUCGGACGGCGAUGGGGUGUCCAUAUUUGGUGGGAAACAUAUAUGGGUGGACCAUUGCUCUCUCUCUAAUUGCCAUGAUGGCCUCAUUGAUGCCAUCCAUGGAUCCACAGCCAUCACCAUAUCCAAUAACUACAUGACCCAUCAUGAUAAGGUCAUGCUUUUGGGGCACAGCGAUUCCUAUACGCAAGACAAGGGCAUGCAGGUCACAGUUGCCUUUAAUCAUUUUGGAGAAGGCCUUGUCCAAAGAAUGCCAAGGUGUAGACAUGGAUAUUUUCAUGUGGUGAACAAUGACUACACACACUGGGAAAUGUAUGCAAUUGGAGGGAGUGCAGCUCCAACUAUCAACAGCGAAGGCAAUAGAUUUCUGGCGCCUAAUACACGUUUCAAUAAAGAGGUAACUAAACAUGAGGAUGCACCAGAGAGUGAGUGGAGGGGUUGGAACUGGAGGUCAGAGGGGGAUAUGAUGUUGAACGGGGCAUAUUUCAGGCAAUCAGGAGCAGGAGCAUCUUCAAGCUACGCCAGGGCUUCAAGCCUCAGUGCAAGGCCUUCUUCUCUGGUGGGCUCCAUCACAACUACCGCCGGUGCCCUUAUCUGCAGGAAGGGAUCCCGCUGCUAA